AUGACCGACAAGCCAGCACUCUUGUCCACGCAGUCCGCGGCUCCUAGUCAGAUCGCUACCCUCCUUCCGUCGGUCGCAACCCUUCAAGAUGAAGGCGCUCGACCGAUCGAGGGAGCGGAAGAACCAUACACAAUCAAGUGUAUCUGUAACUUCUCUGAUGAUGAUGGAAACACGAUUUACUGCGAGACAUGUGAUACAUGGCAACACAUCCUCUGUUUCUACCCCGAUAAUCGAGAGGAAGCUGUUCGCGAAGACUUUGCCCACUCAUGUGCAGAAUGCAAACCACGUCCUUUUGAUCUUCAAAAGGCUGUCGAGCGCAUGGUUCGUCUCAAGAAUGAACCACCAGGCGAUGAGCGUACUGACAAACGAACGAAACGACCUCCUGCGAAAAACCACAAGAAGAGGUCGAAGCCUACGGACCUGCCCCUAAACGGUCAUGCAAGCCCUCAAGAAAACGGGAAGCACGUCCACACUGGAGAUUAUCCCAAUCCUCCAAAGAGGGCGAAACAUCGCUCGUCACAAUCUGUCAGUUCUCAGGCUCCUAAGCGGAGUCCUUCCUAUGGAAACGGCCGAUCAAAUACUGCCCACCCUCCCAGCCCUGCAACCACCCCACCCGACCUUCCUGAAGAUUUUCAAAUCCACCAAUAUUCACAAGGCUUCUACGACUUGUACAAUGCAAGAGAUGUCCCCGACUCACACAACAAUGCCUUUGCAAGUCUUGCCAUUCCUACGGCACUAUCUCGCUGGCUUCGCGACCCCAAUACGAUGAGGAGUGAAGUUGGCAGAAGGCCUUCGGAAGUUUUCCAAAAAGCACCAGUCGAUCUUCAAGCAAACAAGCCUAAGCUCGAAGUCAGCGAUGCUACACGAACACUGGAGAAUGGCAAAGCGCUAAGAUGGAGAUAUCUCAACUCCAAGACACCAAUUGAAAAGGAUGUGCCCCUCGUUGAGUUGAAUGGGGAAAUUGGUUUCCAAAAAGACUACUCAACGGACCCUGCAAAUCUAUGGGCCGAUCUUUCCUCACCCCUUCCGUUCGUGUUUUUCCACCCCGUCUUGCCUUUAUACAUCGACACUCGACAGGAAGGCUCACUUGCCCGGUAUGUACGCCGAAGCUGCAAGCCUAAUGCUCAGCUGGACACAUAUCUUUCUGACGAAAACGAAUACCAUUUCUGGAUUGUCAGUGACAGGUAUAUAUCUGAGAGAGAACAAAUCACUCUUCCUUGGGACUUCCGUUUGGAAAAGAGUGUAGAUGCUCGUUGGCGAAACCUUCUUGGUCUUAGUGACGAUGACUCCAGUAUUGCAGAGACCCCAGUGGACGAAACAGAGUACACAGCGAUAUCGAAUUGGAUGAACCGGAUUCUUUCUGAGUACGGCGGUUGCGCAUGCGACCUGGAUAACAACUGUGCGUUCGCAAGAUUUCAUCGCCAGUAUCUCUUUGGCAGGUCUCAAUCUCGUGGUUCAACAAAGAAGAGACCAAGAAAGCCCAAGAUACACGCCAUCUCUCCAACGAGUACAGGCCCUCAGACUAACACCAGUCGAGCUACAAGCGAAGGUCAUGUUGACGAUGGCGCAGAACACGACACUGUAUCACAAUCUGGUUCGCUCCGAAGCAAACCUCCUAGUCGCGAUCUUACUCCUCUUCGGCAAGGCUCCUUCGACCAGUUGGGCAUCUUGACUGAACCAACAGAUCGGGACAAGAGAAAGGUUGCCAUGGUGGAGGAUACAUUCCGUCGGAUGGAGCAGCAGCAACCACCAAGGAAAAAGAAGCGUGUAUCUGAUGGCACUGCCUCCAACUCUUCAAAACCAAAACAACGCAAUGGCUCAGUUGCAUCUCACGGCAAUUAUGUCGACGCCGGCACAUGCAGGAGUAAUUCUGGAUCUCCAGCUAGCUCUUCACCGCAAAUUCCGCAAAGACCCUGUAUAUCUAAUCCAGAUCCUGCAGCUGCCCGGUCACGGCAGUCAUCUGUCAACACCAUACCGGUCUACUGCGAUGCUGCGGUACAAACAGACCCAGUUGAAGGUGCCUGGUUCAGCGAGCCCCAUCAAUCGCCCCGCCCAAAGAAGCGAAUUAUUCCUCUUUCCAAACGUCUACUGAACAACCGCCACAGAGUACGAACAGAUGAUGAGGUUCUUCGCAGGCGGUCUUCCCUGAGCCAAGCGUCUAACAGUACUGCAAUGGAGGUCGAAUCACCUUUGGAACACGCACCAACAAUCAAGCGAUCAGAGUCAGAAUUACCGCCUUUGCUCGCUACGGCUGGCGACAUUCCCAUGGCAGAUGCCUCAUCUCCCAUUCUGGGAUCUGCUGCCAGUGAUACGUCCUCAAAACCGAAGACUCCAGAUCUUCGUGUUCAACUGCCUCCUGUGCCUGCUUUCGACAGUACAGGGUUGGGGAUUCACAAUGGCACAGCUCACCAGUCUGGCAUCACUGCUCACUCGCCUCUGUCAGGUCCAAUGCCAAGCCCAUGCGUUUCUCAUGCUAUGAACGGCAUUGGCGCCCAUCACAGUCCUGCGAAAAAGAAGCUUAGCCUCAGCGACUACACUAAGAGCAGGAUGAACAAGGCAGCCGGUAAGACUGCUGGGGGCCACGCCAUCCUCAAACCUUCGAUUUCCAGCCCCGAGGACACAAAAGUCGAUAUAAUCGUCGAUUCAUCGGUGAUGGAAAAGAGCACCGAGAGCAUCAUGAUGACCCCCGUCGCUGCUGCCAACGGUUCACUGUAG